GAUGACUCGAUCGCGUACGUUCCUGACACGCGAAGUAGGCCGCGCAUGCGCGCUCGCGUCGCGUCGGUCUUAUUCACCUUUAUUUUUGGAAGCGGCGUGAUUGUCAUUUGCGGGGUUCACGCUGGUGCGGUAACAUUGUGUGUGCGUGUCCCGCACGUUCGAUCGACGAACGAUGACAAUGACAACGACGACGAUGACGACAAUGUUCGAGCGGAAGAAGGAUACGAUGGGAUUAACGAACGGCAACGGUAAUCUCGCCGAAGAUAUACAGAAGGAGAAACCGACGAGAUUCUGGACGAAGAUCCACCUGAAUGAAUGGACGUUCAGUCUGUCACUUUUAGUGCUCUCGCUCUUCAUCGUUAUAGGAAAAUUAUACGCGAAUUAUGGAAAGUGUUUGUUAUGGAAAAUCAGCGAUCAAUACUCUCUACCGUCAAUAACAACAUUCGCUCAAGUGUACGAUACGAUACCGAAUAUAUCCGUUUUAUCGAAAUUCGGCGUGAAACAAUUACCAGCGGACAGCGAAAAAUUCCUCAAAACCAGUCAUCAGUAUGCAGAAGCAGCUAGUAAUAUGCUGGUCACAUUUUAUGAAAGAUAUAAUUGGCUGAUGAAAGCGACGAUGAGUGGACUUAUGAUAACAAGUUUCAGUUGGUUCAUCCUUUAUAAGGAUAGUAGUAUACCCGGUGUUAAUCCACCAUUCCCCUUCAGUCCUUCUAGGCAGAGGGUAUGUAUGUAUUUCAGGAUAGACAACAAUUCAAGGAUACAGAUAAACUAUUUAGUUGGUGCAUUAAAUGGGAUAUUAUUUUUUAUCUAUAUGUGUCUUUAACUUGAUGGAAAUGUCACUAGUUUGGAAGAUGAGUCUCUUUUUUGUCUACUUAGUAUUAUUUUGUCUGUGACUUAUUUAUUAUAUUGAUGUUGACUUAUUUAUUAGUGGUUUAUAUUUAUAAUAUCUGAAAGAAGAUUAUGGAUCUAUAAGAGAUUCCAAUAAUAGGGAAUCUUACAGUAUAUUUUAUAUAAUUCUU